UUAUACAUACUCACUCUCCGUUAUUUUUCAUUAAUUCCAUACGCACCAAGCCCACCCCUUUUUUUAUCUCUCUCCUUUCCUUUCUCCUUCUUACUGUUCACCGUCCUCACCAGAUCCAUCUGCCUCCUUACCUCCAUCCUCAUCCUAAUCAUCUACAGCCUCAUCUUCCUCUUCUUCAUCAUCGUCAGUUUCACCGGCACAAAGCAUAGCAUGAAGCUGAGCAAGUGGGAACCUGAAAAGGAACCCAAAUCUGGUGUUGGGAAAGGGAAGAAAAAAUGAAAGGAUUUAGGGGUUGAAGAUAAGGAUUUAGGAACCCAACAGCCUGGGUUCCUUCGAACCCAGUAGGCGCUGUUGCAGGGUUCCUUUGAUUGACCCAGCAACAACCCAACAAAAGAGAGAAAUUGGAAGAGAAAAUGUCUAGAUCUGGGGUUGAUGGAGAGAUAAAGCAUGUUUGCUCAUUCUCUGCCUUAGGACUCACAGCCUCAUAAGAAAAACGUCUUGUUGCUCUUGAUGUUAAGACUCUGAACGAUGUAGCGCGGUUGCUCACUCUCUACGCUGGGACUGAAUUCCUCAUAAUUCAGUUACAUUCUUUUGACUCUUAUUCCUUAUUGUUUGCUGAUUUAUUUUCUCAAGCGACUGUUUGUUUUGUUGGUGUUAGGCUGGGCUAUUGGGCUGCUAGAGUUCUAAGGAAACCUGAUCUCAUUCAAGAACAUGGAUUGAAAAAGUUGGCUCAAGCAGUUGGAGUAACAUUGAAGCAGUCAACUUUUUCUGCCACCAAAACACCUGCAUGGAGUGCACGGGUGUUUUCAGCUGAGCAGAUCAAGCUUGCAAUACAUGAUGCCUACAUGGCUUAUCUCAUAGCUGCUCCGUCUGGUGUAGCUGAUCAAGCUGCUCUGAUUGAUACUGGUGUUUCUGAGUUAAGAACUGCCAUUACACACAAGCGGCGGCGUCUACAAACGGACAUGGAUUCGAAAGGGUUGGCUGAUAUAGCUGGGAUUCAAAUUAAGCAAUCAACUGUUGAUUGCACCAAGAAUCCUUCAUGGAAUGCAAGGUUGUUUUCUGUGGAGUAGGUCAAGUUUGCAGUUCUUGAUGCUUACAAUGCUUAUCUUGUUGGGAACAAAUUUUUGGACAUGGUUUAAGUUUUCUUCCAUGAUAUAAGUGUUCAACCAAGUUAGUACCACAACAAAUAAAAAAACCCAUUGGACAAGUGUGUGUGAAACAAUUCAGAUAAAGCUCAUUUUGUCUU